UUAUUGAGUUAGAGCUUUCAUACAUAUGUAUCAGUUAUAGCUAACCUUUUGACUUUACAGCAUACAUUUUUCACUUUUCAAGCACAAAAUCUUGAUCUCUCUCUCCAUGACUUUAGUUUGUUAAAUGAUAGUUUUCUUUCAUUUAUCAUCUCGUGUUCUUCUUCAGACAUUUUUUCAAAAUGAAUCUCACCUCAGCUGUGAUCAUGUUCCUUCUGCUCGUGCUGGGUUCAGGAAUUCUGCAGUUUGCAUUUGCAGCAAACCGUCUGAGAUCUUUCAGAAUUGAACGAAAGGAAUCUGAAAGGCAGGCUGCUAGAGAAACAUGUACAAACAAGAACGAAUCAUUAUUCACUGUGUUUGAUGAAGAGGACAAUGAAGUCUUAACUAGUUUACAGGAUGAUGAUGAUGAUGAUGUUGCAAAUCUCUGGCUUGGUUUGAAUACGACAAACCCUACUCUCACUUGGUCAGAUGGAAGCCCAGUAAUAUUCAAUGAGACAAAAGUUAAAAUAAACGACACAGAUCAAAUAUGUGAAGCUAUUGAAAACGGGACGUGGACUGGUUUCAACUGUUCAGACAAAAAAUACUUCAUGUGCCAAACGGAUGACAGUUAUGUUCCUAUUAAAGAGAAGAAGAACUGGUGCCAGGCACUUCAAUACUGCAGAAAUAAUUUAAUGGAACUGGCGAGGAUUGAUAGUGAAGAGGAAAACAAGGAAUUCAAGGCCAAAAGUCAGAAUGGAUCCUUUUGGAUCGGGCUCAUGCAUGUUUUAUUUGAAUGGGAUGACCAGAGCUGUUCGACAUUCAGAAAUAUCGCAAAAAGUACUGACCCGCCUGAAAAUUGUGCAGUUUUCGAUCAAACUGGCAGUGUCAGGCAAUAUGGCUGUACCAGACUCGCAAAGGCCCUUUGCACCAAAGGGACAGUGAGAAUCCAAAUCGUCCGGGAAAAUUUAACCUGGGAAAACGCCAUUGAAUACUGUGAGAAACAUCAUUCACGCUUGUUGUGGAUUGAGGAUGAGGAUGAUCAGGAUGCUGUCGAGUCGUGGCUUAAGAAGACCUUAAUAAGCCCUAAUAAACCUGAACCAAACUUCUGGAUCGGUCUGAGGCAGAGCACCAUUUUUGGAUUCUGGAUUUGGAGCGACAGAAUAGUGCACUGGAGCAACUGGGAGGAUGGGAAGAUGCCCGAGUUGCCCAUGUCCCAUCACUGUGGGGUCAUAAGUGGGGAAGACUUUAAGUGGAGAGAUGAAAAAUGUUGGAAACCGCUACCGUUUCUUUGUGAGGAGGAUAUCGUAAAAAUGAAAAAGAAUCCAUAGUUAAACUGUUGUUCAGACUCUACUGUACAUAUAAGAUUGAUCAGAGAAAUGAAAGUCAACUAAUCCUGAUUGUUAUAUUUACAUAGGUGGGAAUUGUUUUUGUUUUUUUAAUUGUACUAAAAACAAAAUUCUGUGAUUUGAUUACAUGCUUGCAGUUGACAACAUUUAACAUUUAAAACAUUUACAAAAGGUUAAUAUGUGGUAUUAAAUCUACAAUACUGAGUUUAAAAAUGAAUUCAUGUUUUUGGUGAAAUUUAUUAAAAAAUGUAUAUAUUGAAAGAUGAAAAACUAGCUUUAAAGUUAAACUUUGUGAUUUACAAGUUUGAAAUGAAAAUAUAUAUUUUUUUUUAAUACAGCUUUAAGUU